GAGGAGGAUCUGGUCGCCACAGCGAGGGGUGGUAAUAUCUAAGGUGCUAUGGCCACCCCCUGACUGGCUGACGGUCGCAGUUAGCGCGCUGUCACGACGGAGCACAUUCUGAGCUUAGGGCUCAGAUUUUAUUUUUGGACUGCCAUGGAGACUGGCCCUUCCAUUUGUAGGAAGGGGGUAUAGUUGCGCUCAACAUGAGCCUUCCGGUCUGACACUCCGGGCUGGGACAAGCAGGCAGCAGCCGGCCGACCCCCAAGCAGCAGUCACACAGGGGACUCCCCUGUCCGGGCGUGUUUGUCAACUGUAGUAAGCAUUACCUGGGGGUUAAACUGCUCAUGGCUGCCAGUUAUAACAAUGUCACUGAACCAGGCCUGCUGUCCCAGCAGUACCCUCCAGCUCUACUGCCCAAGCCUGGCAAGGAAAAUGUUAGACUCCAGAAACUACUCAAGAAAACAGAGAAAAAAAUCAAGAAAAAAGCUUCCCCUGAAACGGCAAAGACACCAGUCCCUUUCCGCUCAAACCUCUCCCCUGUGAAUGAAGCAAGCCCUGACUUGGAACACAGUGAUCACUCAACCCCUCCUAAAACCCCAGAGGCACCCUUCUACACACAGCACCCCAGAUUCGCUGUCAGGCCAGCCUAUCGGCAUGUGCCAUCCCCUUACCCGCAACAACAAGGAGCCACUUUUGGUGGUACAACAAGGUUCUCCCCAAAGCCAUAUGCUGCUCCAGGACCCACCUUCCCCCAGCAUGUGGCCCCACUCUACACAUUUACUCCAACAACCCCAUCACCCAUUCCAGGGCCAGUCUCACAUGCAGUGGCACCCACAACGCCUGUGCCAACUUCCUCUGUGCCUGAAGUGACAAUCACAACUGCUGCUCAAAUUGCACCUCCAGUCCCUGCUCCAGUUGCUCUUGUCACAGUCACUUCUGCUGCCACACAACCUACUCUGCGACUAGCCCCAGUAGUAAUACACCGCAAAAGUCCAAGUCCACGGUUUAAAGCUACCGAAGCUACACUAAAAGCACCCAAACCGAUGUUUGAUGUCCGUCAAAUUCGUGUAUAUACUGCAUCUAAGUCCCCCCUGCAUGAUUACACUGGUAAGACAUUUACUGCAGACACAUUACCUCGGAGUAGAACACCCACACCAGACAUCAGAAGGGUAAUAACACCAACAGCUGAAAUCAGGAGUGCAACACCGGCAUCUGAAGUGAAAAGCAAUUUAACUUUGACAUCAGAAAUCAAAAGAGUUGCAACGUCUAAAAUGAAUCAAGGUACAACGCCGACAUCGGAAAUCAAAAUCAUUUUAACACCGACACCUGAAAUCCAAAGGAGUGCAACACCUACAUCUGGGGUAAAAAGAGGUUUAACGUCCAGACCUGAAAUCCAAAGGAGUGCAACGCCUACAUCUGGGGUAAAAAGAGGUUUAUCGUCCAGACCUGAAAUCCAAAGGAGUGCAACGCCUACAUCUGAAGUGAAAAGAGCUAAAACGCCAACGAAUGACUUUUUAACACCAAGAACUAAUUUAGGUCGACCUAAGACACCCUCAUAUCGUGUGUCCCGUGCCAAAACACCUGUUUUUGAAAUAUCAAGACCCAACCCACUUUUAUUUGCUGUCUCACCCAUUACUAUAGAUGCACAUAGAUCUAAAACACCAACACCUGGUUCUAAUUCUGCCAAUCCAUCUUUGUCUGGUUCUCAAAAUCUGCCAAUGUCUGAGCCUUCAACAUCACCAUCAACUAGUCAGGGUGCAAGAACUCCAAAUGGGGAAGUGACACCAAAAGAGACUCCUACACCUAAAUCACCUCCUGAAAACACUUUAAAACCAGAGGCUCAUCGACAAAAAGCUCUAAUAGGUGAGUCUACCAGACCAAAGACCUCUACAGCUUCAUUAGACUAUCAAAGACCAAAGACCCCAACAAAUGUCACACCAACUCCUACAGAACCCUCAUAUCAAAGACCCAAGACUCUAACCAAAGAAACACUAAAGCCUACAGCACCCUCAUAUGGGUACCAAAGACCCAAUACUCCAACAAUUAUCACACUAAAGCCUACUGCACCCUUCUAUCAAAGACCCAAGACUCCAACAAAAAAAACACUAGAGCCUACAGAACCCUCAUAUGGGUACCAAAGACCCAAGACUCCAACCAAAGACACAUCAAAAUCUACAGCACCCUCAGAUGGGUAUCAAAGGCCCAAGACUCCAACCAAUGAGACACCAAAGCCUACUGCACCAUCAUAUGGAUAUCAAAUUCCCAAGACACCCUCGAAUGAAGAGCCUAAACCAAUGACUCCAACAAUCGGGUAUCAAAGGUCAACAACACCUGUAGUUGGGUAUCAAAGACCACAACCACCAGCAGGUUAUCAAAGACCAAAGACUCCCACAGCUGGGGUAUCAUCCAUUGGAUUUCAAAGGCCCAAUACACCAACAUAUAUGGCCCCUAAAUCAACCCAUACAUAUUAUGGGUUGACUCCUGCUGCAUAUGUUGCCCAUGGUGGAAUCCAACGUGUCUCACCUUCAUUCGGCAUAUCCAGGUCUAAGACGCAUGCUCUAGAGGAAUCUAAAACCACAACGCAAGGGUUGGAAGCAUCUAACAUACCUACCCAAGAGUUACUUGUAAAAACACAUCCUUUGCCCAUGGUGUCCAACCAGGAAGCAUCCUCCAAGGAUAAAAUCCCUUUAAAUGAGGCCAUAAUAUCCACGACUCCAGCAGAUAAGCUUCUGCCUCCAAUCAUUGUUGUUACACAAGCUGAAGAUGUCUCAGAACCAAGCGUAUCCACAGCUGUAACCAGCAAAAUGGCAACUCCUGUUUCAGAAACACCAAAGGUUAAAACUGUGGCCAACACAAGACCAUGGGCUAAAUCUCCAACACCCGGGGCUAAGAAACCAGAGGUUAAAACCCCAACUUAUGGAGUCAUCCCAAAACCCAAGACACCCACCACAGAAACCCAACACCCUGUGCCUUCUGCUGAAAACAAAGAUGCCAGCAAGACAAUAUCUCCUGUCUCAAAAACAGAAUCUCCUGUGGCUAAAGCCAGGGUACAACAAGAAGAGUUAAAGGAAUCACCAGAGCCUAAAAUGCCCACCAAAGCAAUCUCUGAGUCUAAACCAGCAGGGACAAAGCCGACUACUUCUUCUCCACUUGGAAAGAGCUCAGCUCCUGAGAAGCCUUUGGUGGCUGUUCAGUCUCCGGCUAAGUCAAAGGAUAACCAAGAAGCCCAACCUGAAAAGGUGGUGUCAGCUCCAACCACACCAUCAACAGAGAAGGAAGAGGGAAAAGACUCUUUCCCAGCAGCUGCACCCCUUCUUAAAGUGAUCCAAAAGCCAAAGGGCAUGAUGAAGUCUAAACUCAGUGGUUGGUCACGGCUGAAGAAGCAUAUGGUGGUGGAAGAAGAACCACCUACAUCCCCAGAAUCAAAUCUUAUGAAAGGCACCGCAAAGGGAGCUGAGCAGGAGGGAGUUGAAGCGAAAACGGAUGAAACGGUGUCAUUUAAAGACAUGGUGGCAGCUGUAACAGCUGACGAUCCUCCCAAGGUAGCAAAGAAGUGGGAUUCUCUUCUCUUUGAUAUGUUCUCCUCUAAAGAGAAGAUUAUGCAGGUGAUUGAAGCUAGCAAAAGUGAGGAGGAGAAAAAAGAGCAGCCAAAGGAUGCACCAAAAGAAAUUCCAUCCUUUGCCCAUCGUCUGCCUGUCCUCCUUUUCAGCCCAAAGUUUGAUGCCAAAAGGCUAAGAGAGGCUGCAUCAAGGCCACUUACAAAAAUUUUGACAGUGUUUGAGAUGGGUCUCAUAGGGCGUAAAAAUAAAGAUGAGGAACCAAAAGACUUUAACAGAACAGCUAGAGGGUUCACCUGUCCUUAACCCAUGUCUCUUUGGACUGGUAAAAAUUAAACAGAAGAACAUUUUGAAAAAUUCUGUUAAAUGUUUUGUGUACAGGUGUAGACAUAUUAGUCAUAAUGUACAGGUCCUGUGUAAUAGUCUCUCUGCUUGACACAGGGUACAAUAUUUAAGACGGUCUCUCAGAGAAUGUGGUCUGAACUUCACAUCUGACUACGUUACAGAUGUGUCUGAAUGUCUCUUUCUCUGACAGUAUGAAAAUAUUACCUUGAAAAUCAGAGCAGAAGGAAAAAUAUAUUUUUGUCUUAAAGGAAUUCAGACAUCUCGUGAGAUUAAAAUGUACAAAGAUUAAGUAAAUCUCAGAGCUUAUUUUUUGUCCACUGUUAAACCAUGAUAGGAGAAUGAAUGACUUUUGCAGACCACUACCUACUGAAAACUAGACUGAACAGUAUAUUGAUGUAGGAUUUGGUUAUCGGAAGAAAUCUGACUCCAGGGGAUUCAGAGUACGUAACCAAAUAAGGAUGAAAAAAGGAAGAGAGGAUGAAGGUAGAAGGAGUGUAUAUUUCUCCAAAUGGUGCUAUUUCCGUACGUUUUUCAAAUACACUUUAGAUAUUCAGGCGCUUCUUAGAAGUUAGAAUGUUUGAUUACACUACAUAUGCUAAUGCCAGCUUUGCCAUCUUCCUUUUUAGGAGUACAGGUCAUUGAGAGUGUUAUUUGAGAUCUUGGGUUGCUAACUCCUGGAGGAUGAGGAAGCUAUAUGAAGGAAGUGUUUAACCUUUGGCAUGGAUGGAUGAGGGGUCAGGGGGAGGUCUUGUGGGAUAUGGAGGCAAGUGAUGAUAAAUGCGAAGAAAAAUGUAUACAGUAAGUACUUAGGGCAGAUUCCUAAUUUGAGAUCCACGAAUUUCCCAAUUGACAUCAAUGCAGGAUUAACGUGAAAGUUAAAUUUAGCAUGUUUCACAGAGGUUUCAAAUAUGCAGCUGUCAAACGGGGUACCCAGAAUAGUCAAGAGCUGAGAGUGACAUUUAACCUUAAGGUUCUCUAGAUUUGUCAGCUUGUUAUUGAUGCUUUACGUUUGUGUUUCAUGCAUGGACUAUAUAAAAAGAUUAAGAACAUUAUCUCCUAUUGACAGAGUGAUGUUCAACCGUUUUGCAAUCCGAUGUUUAUCUGUAUAAGUGUACAGUAAAUGUUAUUUUCUAUAUAUUUUUGAUAAAAGAGAGAAGAAAAAAAACUUGAAUAGGAAAAAGCUGAUUUUGGUUUAUGUUUGACAUAGAAAGUUCAUCUUGAUCUACAGAAUGAAAUAGAGAAAAUGUAUUCUGUAGUGAAGAUAAUGGUCAGAGCAAGGUCAAGGGCAAAGCUAUUGCCCUUUUGGUGUUUGAUCAAAUAAAUAUUAUUAAAUUGUAGCUGGUAUUUUGUCUAUAAUUGUUGGUUUUUAUCUGCAGGACCAGCAGAAUAAAAAGGUGUUUUUUGCCUAAGAAAA